AUGGCUCCCGGCUUCAGCCUUCUUCUUGCGGCGGCCGCGCUCCCACUCGCGGCCAGCCUCAGUUUCAACUCGGAUGCGUCCGAGCUCUCCGUGGUGGCCAAGAAAACAAUGGUGGCCACGGUGCUGAAGCACACCCAGGCAGCCCCUGUGGAUCUCAUGCUGAGCCACCAGAUUCGGACGCUCAGCACGUCGCGCAAGAGCGUGGCGCAGGUGGCAGUCAUCAACGCUAAGGUCCCUGGAGUGGACAACCCCUUGGGCACUCCCCAGGACCCUGUGGUCGCGCAGAUGAAGCGCAGCUACGGCACUACUGGUGCCGUGCAGGUUGUCGACCUCGAGGCUAACGAGACCCAGCAGCAGGAGUUGAUGAAGAAAGUUUUCUCCAUCCGCCAGGGCAGCACCGUCAACUUCGCGAAAAAGUUCUUCAAACAGAACCUCACGACUCCGAGCAUGAAGCGCGAGAUGGCGUAUUUCACGGCGAUGCUGCAGUUCAUGGACCUCUGCAGCCAGGCCGAGUACGGCGUGGAGAUCUGCGCCAACAUGGACGGGGAGUCCUUCCUGCACAGGCAGGACCAGAAGGGCUUGCUCGAGCUGGCCAGCGAGCUGUUCGACGGAGACGACGAAGUGAUUGCCCUGCAGCCUCCGUCCUACUGCGACUACACGCAGGCUCACCGCAGGCCCGCGUGGGCGAAGAAGGACAAGUGGACCAACAGCAGCUUCACGAAGUGCGUCGCCAACGCGACCAAAGCCAAGCUGGAGGCAGGCCCUGCGAACAUGCUCUUUAACCGCGUGCGCUUGCUGGCUGCGCUGCCGCUGAGCGUGAACCCGGAUGACCUGAGCCUCGAGAAGGGCUUCGACCAUGCGCUGUUGGCGGGCCUGUCUCGCUGGGUCGGACCGAUCAAGGGCAUGCAGUGUGGCCACUCCUUCGUCAUCAGGCCCGCCGGCAAGGAGGCCAAGUGCAAGGGGAAGAGCCUGCCGCUGAAGGCCCAGGCGCUCGCUGCCGGCAAGCUGGCGGGCUCCGACGCCGGCCGGUUCUCCGGGGAGUACGCGUCCUUUAACCAGAGGGUGGUCCAGGGCAUCGAGGUGCUGGCAGAUCGCAUGGAGAGGGGGCUGGUGCCCGGCCCCACGGGCUCCGUGGGGGACAAGUGCAUGGAGAUGUGCGCGUCCAGCGAGCGCAUCAAGGAUGGGCAUGGCGUGGUGAGCCGCCGGACGAGCGCGACCCUUCAGCUUCAGGGGCACACAGUCGGACGGGUCUAG